GGCUCCCCAGCUGGCCUCUGCCCUUCACUCCUGGAGGAUCUCUCCAGGCUGACCCGCCUGUCUCGGUGACGGCCACAGGUCUCGGCCGCCGGCGAAGCCGAGCCUCAGCGCUUGCAGCACCUCUGGGUGUCUCAGGAGCAGUCGCGCCGGGUCCAUGGAGAAGGGCCCGCUGCCGGCGGAGAAGCCGAGGGGACCCAGGUGCACCAAUGGGUUCCCCGGGAAGGAGCUGUCACGGCCCGGGGCCAGCCGGCCAGCCGAGAAGUCCCGGCUGCCCGAGGCCAAGAGCGCACCGUCGGCCGACGCCUGGAAGGCAGGGCGGCCCCGCAGCGAGGAGGAUAACGAGCUGAACCUCCCUAACCUGGCGGCCGCCUACUCGUCCAUCCUGCGCUCGCUGGGCGAGGACCCCCAGCGGCAGGGGCUGCUCAAGACGCCCUGGAGAGCGGCCACCGCCAUGCAGUUCUUCACCAAGGGAUACCAGGAGACCAUCUCAGAUGUCCUGAAUGAUGCUAUAUUUGAUGAGGAUCAUGAUGAGAUGGUGAUUGUAAAGGACAUUGAUAUGUUUUCCAUGUGUGAACAUCACCUGGUUCCAUUUGUGGGAAGGGUCCACAUUGGUUACCUUCCUAACAAGCAAGUCCUUGGCCUCAGCAAACUUGCCAGGAUUGUAGAAAUCUAUAGUAGAAGACUACAAGUUCAAGAGCGCCUCACCAAACAGAUUGCGGUGGCCAUCACAGAAGCCUUGCAGCCUGCUGGCGUUGGGGUAGUGAUUGAAGCAACACACAUGUGUAUGGUAAUGCGAGGGGUGCAGAAAAUGAACAGCAAGACUGUGACCAGCACCAUGCUGGGGGUGUUUCGGGAAGACCCAAAGACUCGGGAAGAGUUCCUCACACUCAUCAGGAGCUGAACUUCCGUGUGUGCACAUGACCUGGUUUGCAGACCCCACUGCUACCGGCGUUAUCUGUCUCAAUCAUGCAUUCCAGUCUCAAUUGUUACAGAUGUGAAUUUUAUUUCUCACCAUGGAUUGUAUUUAAUGAUUAUUUAUAGAUAUGUCAAAUAAAAGUAAUUAAGGCGUGAGCCUUCUGCUUUCUUCUUGCCACCUUGUUAGUGGCAAUGUCUAAAGUGAACUGCCAAGAGUAUAGGUCAUCCACAUGGACCACUGCCAUUCAGGUUCCCCCAGGGUGCUGUCGACGAGGAGAACUCAUGUGCUUGGUUGAAAUCAUUAGCAAAGGGCACUGGACAUUUGAGGAGCUGUGGCCACUGUGCCAGGUUUUUCACCUCUAGUGGACAUAGUAUAACUCUGAAGGAAGUGCUGGGGACAGUAGAUAUACAGAGAGCAUUGCUGUCUGCAUUUAGAGACCCCCAGACCCCGCUCUGCAUUGAUCAUGUUUGUGAAUCACCAGGGACAUUCUACUCAAUAUAUUCAUUGACUGUCUACCUGUAACGCUAGUCUCUGACGGAAGGUGGUGGGAUACCUGUCUUUAAUUUUGCUGUGCCUUAUAAAGGCAACUUCUAUAUUUUAAAAUUUGAGUAGAGGAAAUUCAUUCCUGGAGUUGUUUUCAUGAGUUCAUUUUCAUGUCAGCAUACAUGGAUGGAGAGGGUUGACUCUGUGCCUUGAUGAGAAUGUUGAACCACUUGGAGUGUAGGUACUUUUGCCAUCCUUUAGGAAAAGCCAUUACUUCCUAAAUUUAUAAGUGCCAACUCUGCCGACUUCCUGUUUGGGAGUUUAUUUUGUCUAUUCUGAGGAGAUGCUUCAUCACGUUUCAAAAACCCUUAGGAAGUAUUUUUCUAAGUAUUUCCAGGGUCUUUUGAAACUGCCUAUCCUGUGAGCUCCGCAGACUCCUAGUUCCUCUGGACCGGGAAGAACAUAGAAUGGGCUGAGGGAGGACUGCAUGGGGGCUGUGCCUGCAGGUCUAGGCCAAGCCAUACUGUUGCUGCUGGUGUCUGCAGAUGCACUGGGGAUAUCAGUCUAGUUUCUUUCUUGUCGGUGUGUGUCUUGUCUUUAGUACAAGUGUGUUCAGAUGCUGUAGCUGUUCAGGAAGUUUGGCUUAUUACCACUUACUUUAAAUAUCCUGCAUUGGGGCAGUGUGGGCCAAGUUAAAGCACAGCAUGUAGCCCCCCCCAUGCACUCAUGCACACACAUGUGCGUGAGUACACACACACACACACACACACACACACACACACCUGGUCCAUGAAGAGGUCUCCCACUGGCUGACAGUGCUGUCAAUGUAUCCCUGUAGUCCCACCACUGCCACUUAGAUACUCAUUAGCCUAUGAUGAAGCAAGAUGAUGGAGCUGGCUUUUUAUUUUAUUACUAUUACUUUUUUUUAUCUCUGCCUUUCCCUGGCACUUUCUAUAUUUAGAGUUUCUAAAGCAUAGUCAGGUUGGUUUUGAGUUCCUUUUAAAAUCUGAUAACAAUGUUAGCCCACUUACUAUUCAAACAUUUCUAGGUAGAAUGCUAAGUUCUCAUGUUUGGUAUUUUAAAGUAAAAACCAAUGUGACUUGACUUAGAGGGCCAAAGAAAUUGUUCGCCAUACCUUCAUCUUUUUGGAGUGAUCAUUUGUAUCCCUUCUGAAUGGCUCUGUUGGCUCAUUCCCUAGAAAUUCUUAACAAAAGCCUGACAUGUCCACAGGCUAGUCUUGUCAGUACCUGCAAAGUGACAACCUUGUCUGUUUCAUUCUGGUGUAGUGCUUCAAAAUUGCCUUUCACAUCCAUGACAUUGAGUCCAUUUGGGGGAUUUUUAAGAAUUUGAUGUAUUUACAUAUACUGUUCAAUUACAUGGUUUGGAUUUUCUGUAUGUGUAUGUAUGUUCCUGAAGUUGGUUUUAUUUAAAUGAUUAAAGUGUUAUAAUUUUGUUUCUGUGAA